ACCCGCUCUGAUCUAUAGUUAUUCUGGGGCCUCAUUGCAUUCCCCGUGUAUUCCAGGGCUAUCUUCAACUCUCAGUAAAUCCUCAGACAUGACAGUCCAACCAUCGACUGCUUCCGUGGCGAUGCGCAGUUCUGCAAGUGAUAUCGCCGUGGUCAGCUCUCGCGAGAAGAUGCUGAAAAGAAAGCGAGAUGGGUCUAGUUUGCCAGGUAUGUCAACUCAGUCAGCGACCCGUAGAGAAGAGUUCUAGGCUUAAGAAAAGCAGGGGACGACUCGAGCUCGCAGAAAAGUCGAAAGAAUCCGAUUGAAGCUGGGUCGCCUUUAUCUGAUGAGCAGUCUACGCCAACAGAUCCUGGCUCCGAUUUCCAAGAGGCUGCCGAUGAUCACGUGAUGUCUACGCCCUCCGCAAUCGAGUCGGCUGGUACAACUGACAGCAGUGGGUUGAACGAUGGGAGCCAGCCCAGCAAAGAUGUGGGCAGCAGCAGGCCCGACAGCGAGGCGCCCGGGAGAACGGGGGAAAUACGUGUAGAAGAGGGGGAAACCUCCAUGCCGCCGCCCUUAGUAACGGAUUGGAAAUAUACGGUAUGGACAUUACCGUCGGGGGAACAGCAGAACACUUAUGGCGCAAUACUGCCCGAAAGCUACAGGCUUCAUGAUGAUCCUAAGCUUCCGUGGAUCUGCCCAAUCCGCAAUUGCCGCACCUUAUUAUCGAGGCUUCCCGGGCUCGGUGCUCACUUCAACCGAAUGCACAGAGGCGCGUUGCUUAAUGACAAUGGGGAUGGGACCUUAUCCAUCGUCAGGAAGCUGGACAUGGAUCAUAUGAAAGCGCCUGCCAUAGUAGUCUCCAAUAGACCGCUUGACCCCAACGAACCGCCCAUGCUAACACCUUUAGCCUCCGCAUCGUAUGCCUAUACCAGGGCAAAACCUCAUACUUCGCGGCCCGCCAGAGCGCCAAAAAGAACAUUGGCCGUGCCAAAAUCGAGCCCAAGGAAAACACCGGGAUCGAUGGGUGAAGCUGGUAUAUCGUUGUGGAAAUAUAUUCAGCCUCUACUGGUGCGAACACCGCCAUCCCCGUUACCUCGUCUCGGCUAUGUCCCAGAGCUUUUGCAGUCGCUACGUCGCGUUCGGAACGUCGAAUUCAACCCAAACGCGCAACAGCCCUACAACGAGCGAACUGAGAAAGACAUCAGUGCAAUGAUCAUCCAGGCAGCCGGACGAGAGGCAGAGGUCGCUUGCACCAGGUGCCAAGAAGGAAGGGGUCCCUUCAAAGGAUGUUACAUCCUCCCCCUAGAUGCCCCUCUGAGAGUGCGCCGGUCGGUCCUGAGUUGUGGCAACUGCCUUUAUAAAUGCAAACAGACUUAUUGUAACCUGAGGAAAUGGACGCUGGAGACCUAUCCGGAGCUCGAGACCGCCCAGAAACAGGAGGGAGCAACUUUGAAAACAGAAGCAGCAGUUUCUCCGGAUUCUCGGCGCCUAACCGUGGUCGAGAAGUCGGUGGAGAGACGUUCUGCGCGAAUUGUGCUUAAGGAAUCAGCGGCGGCUAAGGAGUCAGCUGCAGCGGGGCGUCCGGUGGCGGCGAAGCAUGGCGCUGCGCACGAUGCUAACCAAGUCGAGAGCACUCCCGGCGAUUCGGGGGCCGUAACCACCCGCGCCAACUCCGACGAGCACUCGUUACGCCAUUCCCACAAUGCGAAUCUUCAAGAACGCCCUCAGGAUAGCCGGGCUAGCGUAUCUUCUGCCAACAUCAUUAACCCGAUACACAUGCUAGAGCUUGAGAUGUGGGAGGUCGCGCCCGGCCGUAUGGGUAGCGACGGAGACGAUACGAUUGGAAAUUUUGCAUUCUCGAAUGCCUAUCUCUCCCGGAAUCAGGCCGUCCGAGUCGGGCGUGACGUUUCGUUCCAGGUCAUAACAAUCAAGCCGGGAACCAUCCAUACGUGGGAGCCCUGCACCGACAAGCUGCGCCUCUGCUCGGUAGCAUCUGGGAAACUUCAGGUCAAGAUCCACGGCCAAGAGUUCCCGGUGGGGCCUAACGGCAUGAUCAGGAUCAAGUCAGGGGCUAACUGCAGCGCCAUGAAUAAGCUUUACAUCGACGCCGUAGUGCACGUUACCGUGGUGCCGGGCGACUUAUGCGGAUAGAGAAAGACGAAGGAGGUAUUCUGCGACGCAGAGGACCCAACGUGCGCAUACGGAUUCUCUUCGGCAACGGACUGGGCGUUGCUGUCUUAUACUUACUAGAGAGGCAUUUCGUCCUUGUACGUGUAACACACCCGCUAGUCGGGUGUUGGGAUUCGGAACUCGAAUUCGAAACUGGAUACGCACUAGUCUGUGUACGACGGAGGAGAUAAUACAUAAUAUAGUAAUACAGGACCAACGAGGUACAUAC